CUCAUUGUUCAGUUUUCAUUUAGACAUCUGGUAGGACAACCAGGUGCAGAAUUACCAAUAAUGUUUACGACUUUUAUUCUGAAUCGCGUUUUCUGCUGUGCAUUUGGUUCCUGCCAUCUUCAGAGACAUGAGAGGGGUUUAUUUUCUAGCGCUUGUUUUCUCCAUCAUGUCGAAAAUCGAUGCAUAUUUUGAUGAAAAAGAAGAAAAACUUCCUACAAAAUGCCAUGUGUGCAAGCAUAUGACAAGAGAAUUAUCUGAAGAGCUUGGGCGAUCUGGUAAAACAGGAGAGGUUCUUUAUAUGGGCCAAGUUUUCCAAAAAGAACCAAAAAAAGUUCCUUAUAAACAAUCAGAAUUGAGAUUAGUAGAAGCUCUAGAAAAUGCCUGUUCAAAUGUUUUAGAUUACAAAGUUCAUAAGGACAAACCUUUGUCGCUAAGAUAUGAAAAAGUUGAGAGUAUGACCUUCAGGACUUUAAAAGGUUUGAAAAAACGUGGUGUGAAGGUAGAUCUUGGAUUUCCUGAUCAAAUGUGGGAUUCUCCAGAUGCCGAAGUAACCAGAUUAAAAAACAAGUGUGAACAAAUGGUUGAGAUGUAUGAGGAAGAGAUUAGCACUUGGUAUUGGAAUCUCCCGGAUACGAAUUUGACGGACUGGCUUUGUGUCGAGAGAGUCUUAGAUGAAGGAGAAGAUGAUUGUUUGAAUGAGACAAUGCCUCACAAAGACGAGAAAAAUGAAACACAAAUCGAAGAGAAAGAUGAGAAAACAGAAAAUAAAAUGAAGCAAGAAGAAAAGAGGGAGAGUGGAGACGAAACGAAAGAGGAAGUAAAGAAAAAGUCCGAGAAAAAAGAGAAAAAGAAAAAAGUUCGUAAAGAGAAGAAAAAGCCUAAGACUUCAGAACCCGAACGAAAUAAAGAAGUAAGAGAUGAAGAAAAUAAUGACGACAAAAUUCAAAGACUAAUCCGAGAGCAGGCCGAAGAACAGGCGAGAGGCCGAUACCGUCACAGAAGAUACCGACGUGAUAACCGGCAAGGUUCCGGAAACAUGGAUGAGACUAAACGCAAAAGACUUCGCGACCGACUCCUCGCUAUAAGAGACCCCGAAAGGCUACGAAGAGAAAUUCGUAAAAUUCGUGCAAAGGAGCUAACAGAAGAUGAAUUCAUCCCUCCUGAGCCUUGGGAAGAUAGAAUAGAUCACCCCAUCCCCGAGGAAGUGCGUAGAGACAUGCGCAAGAGAAGAUAUGAACGAUUAGAAAAUGUGGAGGACUUCCGAAGAGAGAUUGAAAUGCGUGUUCUAGACUUGGAAGAGGGCACUAGUCGUUUUCACGGAAACUUCGCGGUCAGUGACACCUUAAAUUUUUAUCUCGAGGAAGCAAGAAAAAUUCAAGAUAAAAAGGAAUUGAAGAAGAGACUCGAGGACUUGAACGCCUUGACUGCGAUACUUGCUCAAGGACGAGAAAGACGUGACGAAUUAUGAUCCUCCGCGCACUUGCUGAAGCCCACUUUUGAUAAUGACAGGUGAAAAUCAAAUUAUUUAUUGUGGUGUGCAUUGGUUCUCUUGUAUGAUUUUCCAUGGUUUACCUGUGGUAUUCUGCUCACUCAUAUCUUAUCUCUUAUUGGCUCCAGUUGGUUCUAGUGCGGGACGAUAAAGGACGGACACCCACCUAACGAACAUACGCGCCAGAAGCACUGGGGCAAGAGAACCUCUGGUACACAGGCUACCCAAGGCUUAAUUUUUAGUUAACUCAUACCAAUAUUAGUGUAACAUUUUGUAAUUUCAUUUUAUUGUGCUUUACUGUUGUUUUCUCGCUUCUGAUUGGCGGCUGCUAAUUAUCAUGUGUAAUACUACUAUUCCUCAAUCAAAUUCUCGAUUGUCCUCAAAGUUUUGUCUAGUCUUUGCGAUCAUGGCCCAAAUCUUUCAAAUUUGCUCUUUUUUGUAACCAUCAAAAGUGAAUAAAUAGGCUAUAUUGCUUCUCUAUGCUUGUUUA